AUGGGCUUCCAUGCCUGCCAGUGGCAGGAGUGGGAGCGGCGCCAGCGCGAGGCGCAGAGGCGGCUCCACCGCUUCGAGGUCCUGGCGGGCACCGAGCGGGACCGGCCGCCCAGGGCCGACCCGGAGCGCGCCGUGAAGGAGUACUCCCGCCCGGCGGCCGGCAAAGAGACCACCCGCCCCAGUGACCUCCGACCCCCGGACGUUCUGUACAGGACCACCUGCUACCUGAUUGACCAGAUCGCGUCCUCAGACACCCUGGGGCCCUGGACAGAGGUGUACGACUUCGUGUUCGACCGGCUGCGCAGCGUGAGGCAGGACAUGAUCGUCCAGCGCGUCGGAGGCGAGACCUGCGUGGCCAUCCUGGAGCGCACCGUCCGCUUCCUGCUGUACGCCUCCCACCGGCUGAGCCAGGAGCCCCUGCGCCUCUACGACCCCCAGAUCAACCACACCCACCUGCAGGAGAGCCUGAGCUGGCUGCUGGGCUGCUACCGGGAGGAGCCCGGUCCCCAUGGCAACGAGGAGGAGUUCCAGGCCCUCUGCUUGCUCUACAACCUGGGCUCCCCGGAGGCCCUGCAGCACGCCCUGCUGCUCCCCCCGCCGCUGCGGCGCUCCCGGCCGGUGAGCCUGGCGCUGGAGGUGAACCGCGCCUACCUGGAGCGCAACUACGUGCGCCUGUUCAGGCUGGCGCGCCGCCUCGGCUUCCUGCAGGGCUGCGCCCUGUGGCGCCACCUGGGGCCCUGCCGACGCGGCCUGCUGCUGCUCUACAGCCACGGGCACAGCAGCCGGCAGGGCCGCUACCCGCUGGGGAGGCUGGCGCAGCUCGUGGGGCUGGAGCGCGGCGCCGCGGAGCAGCUCUGCCGCCAGGCCGGCGUGGAGGUUAAGGGGGACUGCGCCGUCUUCAGCAGGGCCUCGUUCCGGGACCCGGGGCCCGGGGCCGACGGGGGCCGCCCCGACCUGCUGGGCGAGGGGCCGGCGGGCCGGAGCGUGGCCAGCAUCGUCCACGGGACCGCCGGCCCGGACCCCUGACUUUCCACGCGUUUUCCACGGCUGCGGGCGGGCCGAUCCGCUCCAGGUUUUCCCAGCCGCGGGGGACCAGGGGACACGAGCUGCGAAGAGCUCUGGAAACAGGGAGCUCCUGAGCUGCUUGGUUGUUUCCCUGCUGUUGACAAGGGUUUUCCUUUGCUUUCCUGCCUCUGGAGGUCCAGAGAAAAACCCGGAGUGGCACAGGCAGCAACGCAAGGGGAAUCCGUCUCCCAGUCCGGUCCUACAAACACCAUCAACAAGUCCUUGGGACAGCAGGGCUGUGUUCACUGGGGGCCGGGGUUCCUGUGGACUCUGCACAAGAGAAAGAGCCCGUCCCUUCUGCGGGAGAGCACGGAAGCACGUGUGGUCUCCGGUCGAGGGGCUGUUCUGAUGGAUAUUUGACUCGGGACCGGUUCUGAUCGUUCAAUACCUUUGCCUUCUCUCGCCACCUGGACCGCACGCCUGUAACUGCAGGUCCGGCUCCGAGGGAGGUGGUGCUGGGAAUCGUCUUAUUUUGACUGUUUACGUCUGGACUCAAGCGACGGACCGCGCCGGGUGGGUUUUAUUACAAGUCUCAAUGAUGUUUUUACUUCUGUGACCGCGAGAGGACGCUGUGGCUCCACGCUGCCAGACCGCUCAUCGUGGCUUGAAUAAAGAUUUAUUUUACCAGUU